AUGGGCCCCAUCCAGCUGUCUGGUUCUCUCACCAACCCAGAGGAAAUGGGCCGAGCAGUCAUAGUGAAGGCCGGAGGUGAAGUCGAGACGGGUGAGGGAUUGUUCGUAGGGUCCAGAAUUCAGUGGUCCUCAUUACAGGAUGGUCCAUUAUCCACCCUCAGACCAAUCUCCGCCGUCCAAGUACCCGAUCCCACCAACCCCAAAACUCCCAUUGCCCCCGCCGCCGCCGUCUCCACGUCCUCCGUCUCUUCAAUCAAUGUCCAGACCAAGCCGAUAUGGGCGCUGGACAGCUGGAAGUCGAAGAAGGCGCUGCAGCUGCCGGAUUACCUGAAUCAAGACAAACUGGAUUCGGUCCUCAAAACUCUCGACGCUUUCCCGCCGAUUGUGUUUGUCGGGGAAGCUCGGAGCCUGGAGGAACGGCUGGGCAAGGCCGCCAUGGGGAAUGCUUUCCUCCUGCAGGGCGGGGAUUGUGCCGAGAGCUUCAAGGAGUUCAACGCUAAUAAUAUAAGGGACACUUUCAGGAUCCUGCUCCAGAUGGGCGCUGUUUUGAUGUUUGGUGGCCAGAUGCCUGUUAUCAAGGUGGGAAGAAUGGCAGGCCAGUUUGCAAAGCCUAGGUCAGACUCAUUUGAGGAAAAAGGCGGCCUGAAGCUGCCGAGUUACAGGGGAGACAACAUCAAUGGAGAUGCUUUUGAUGAAAAGUCAAGGAUUCCUGAUCCUGAUAGGAUGAUUAGAGCAUAUUGUCAAUCUGCCGCUACUCUGAAUCUCUUGAGGGCGUUUGCCACUGGUGGAUACGCCGCCAUGCAGAGGGUCACACAGUGGAACUUAGAUUUCACAGAUCAUAGUGAGCAGGGUGAUAGGGCGAUAUGA